UGCCCCUCGGGAAUGGAGGGCACAGGCAGUGGCUGGUCAGCUGAGCUCACGUCUCCCUGUGUGAAGCUACAUGAGCUGAAUGGUAAAGACAGCAGUCAGGUAUUCGAGGUGGCUCUGCAGAACAGCUCCUCCAAACGCAGCAGCCCCCAGUUUGUGGGCGUAGAGCUGCUGCAGUCGUUUAAGCCGCUCAUCAUCCCGUGCUACACUCUGGUGGCACUGGUGGGCGUCUUCGGGAACUACCUGCUCCUCUACGUCAUUUGCCGCACCCGCAAGAUGCACAAUGUCACCAACUUCUUCAUCGGAAACCUGGCUUUCUCUGACAUGCUGAUGUGCGCAACAUGUGUGCCCUUCACGCUGGCCUACGCCUUUAACCCCCACGGCUGGGUGUUUGGUCGCUUCAUGUGUUACCUGGUGUACCUGAUCCAGCCUGUCACGGUGUACGUGUCGGUCUUUACACUCACAGCUAUCGGCGUGGACAGAUAUUACGCCACAGUUCAUCCUCUGAAAAAGCGCAUCUCCAUCUUAGCAUGCACCUACCUUCUGUCUGGGAUCUGGUUGCUGUCCUGUGGUCUGGUUGCUCCAGCCGUGUCUCACACUUACCAUGUGGAGUUUAAGAACGAGGGCUUCACCAUCUGCGAGGAGUUCUGGAUGGGCCAGGAGAGAGAGCGCUUGGCUUAUGCGUACAGCACCCUCUUCAUCACAUACGUCCUGCCUCUCUCUGCACUCUGCAUCUCCUACUUGUGCAUCUCUGUCAAACUGAGGAAUUGUGUCAUACCUGGACACCACACUCAGAGCCAGGCAGAGGCCCAGCGCCUGAGAAAACGCAAGACCUUCCGACUGGUGAGCCUGGUGGUGGCAGCGUUUGGUGUCUGCUGGCUGCCCAUCAGUGUGAUCAACGUGCUGCGAGACAUUGAUAUCGACCUGAUCGAUAAGCGCUUCUUUCUGCUCAUUCAGCUGCUUUGUCACCUGUGUGCGAUGAGCUCGUCCUGUUGUAACCCUUUCCUCUAUGCCUGGCUGCACGAUCGCUUCCGGGCAGAGCUGCGCAAAAUGUUCACCUGCCGCCGUCGCAUUGGGAUCUCAGCCAACAACUGUGCCACAGCCAGUAUGGUUCUGUAAAGCUCCAGUGUUCAAGGAUGCUGAUGGUCUUUAUUUUCUUUGACACUUCAGUAUAUUCAUCUCAGUCUGGUAACAUUCAGGUAAUGCAAACAAAAUAGGAGUAGAUGUGUUUCCACUGCAGGAGUUCUACAUGGGAUUUGGGAUAAUUUCAAUCAAUCAAUCAAUCAAUCAAUCAAUCAAUCAAUCAAUCAAUCUUUAUUUCUAUAGCACAUUUAAAACAACCUUGAUUGACCAAAGUGCUGUACAGAAACACAAUGUAGAAACAAGUAAAAUAACAUAUAGAAUGAAACACAAUAAAAACACAAUAAAUAGGAGCGUGAAUAAAAUUUCAAAAUAUCAAGCUC